AUUUCAAUGUGCUAUUUCAAUUUUCAGUAGCAAAUGUGUAUAUAGAAAAAUGUUAAAAUUGAUGUAUUUGAGUACCUUAAAAAAUAUGAGAAACUGGAAGAAAGAUAAUAUCGUAAAGCACCUACAUAUGUCCUAGGCCUUUUGUGUACAAGAUUAUUCGUGACGAUUGUAAGGCAUGAAGGCAGGUAGGAUUAUCUCUGUUUUACAGAUAGGGAAGCUGAGGCCUAGAGGUGGAAACUUGCCCAGUGAUGUAAGAUUCAUACCCCAGUUGUGCCCUCCUGGAAAGCCCUUCCCAACAUAUUAUGUUGUCCAUAGAGGGGAAAAAAAUGAGCAAAGACAGAUGUCUUAACUCUGUUAUGUGACUAAGAUAUAGGAAAUUUAUAGAGGAGGUUCUGUCAAUGUGCCCACUUAUUUUGUGUUUUAUGUUCUGAGAACGAUUACCAGCCAUCUUAAAUUCUGUGGUUGGCAACCCCCCCCCGGGGUUGUUGCUGGUUGGCCCCUGCUUGCUUUGAGACUUUGAUGCCAGGGCAGGUUGAGAGGAACUGACUUCAGCUGAGUUUGAUCUUGGAUGUGGGAAAGAGAAAUGCUUUGAAAAUCAUGGCAACCCUGGGAGGUUUAAAAGAUAUUAAUGUAUCCUGGAGAGUUUGAGGCUUUGCAGAAACUUAUUGGCAGAGCAGAAUGAUUCUGAAAAAUGCUAAAUCAGUCGGGAUAAGAUUUGAUAAGGUAUUUUUCUGCCAACUCGGGUAUUCACUUAGCAUUGUUUAUCCUUUGUCUAAUACAUGUAUACGCAUACUUCCUUUGUGAGCUUCUCCUACUUCCAAAGUUUUAUCCCCAGCUUCAGCCUUGCUUUGGGUCUCCAGGCCCAAGUUUCUCACCAUCUCUUGGAUGAUUGCUCCAGCCUACCCUGCUGCCACCUGGGAUCCAACAUGUUCAAACCCAGCUGUGAACUUCACAGAUUAUUAAAAGAAAGCGCCUUUGCUUCAGCAGUUUGUUAUUAAGACGGGGGCUUGGGUCAUGUUACCUCCACCAAUGUGUAAGGUGAAAGUCCUGUUAGGUAAGAGUUUUUGUGUUUUGUGCUUUUUGGGUUUCAGUAUAGAGUUUUUCCUGCAGGGCUAGAGGGAAAGUACCCCAGCAUUUCCAACCAGUGGGGUGCAAAAUUAUUUGGGCCUACAGCUUUACCUGUUCCUUUCGGGAACAUUUUUGAAAAAAAAUCUGUUGAACCAUGUGAAAUUGCUGAAUGCUGAUGUUUGGCCAUUUUCUACUUAAAAAAUAGGCCAGCAGUUUGUAAAUUCAAGCUAAUAUAUGAACUUUUUGAAAAAGCUGUUCUGGGACACUAAAAGGUAAGACGGACGCCAGAUUUCCAGAGCAAGGGGAGGAGAGAACCGAGCAACAUCACUUCCUUGAAGACCUGGCUCCUGCGCGCGGCCGGCCUAGGACUCCGACUCCACGCGCCAGUGUUAUUUACUCGGGCCCGCGCCUGCCUCGUCACGGCUCGUUUUGCGGCCGCCGUAAAGCGCGGAUGCGCGCGGGAGGGGGGGGGUGGUCACGCCCCUUCAGUGCUUGUGACGCAGGCGCCCUGGGCAUUUUGGGCGGGAAAAAGAAGCAGUCCUGGGUUGUACCCGGCACGGUUGGCAGCAGCUGCUUCCUCUGAGGUCGUAUCCCUGCCCGGCAUGGGGCUGCUGGAGCUUUGCGAGGAAGUGUUCGGCACCGCCGACCUUUACCGGGUGCUGGGUGUGCGACGCGAGGCUUCCGACGGCGAGGUCCGACGAGGCUACCACAAGGUGUCCCUGCAGGUACACCCGGACCGGGUGGGCGAGGGCGACAAAGAGGACGCCACCCGUCGCUUCCAGAUCCUGGGAAAAGUCUAUUCCGUUCUCAGUGACAGAGAACAGAGAGCAGCGUACGAUGAGCAGGGAACAGUGGACGAGGACUCUCUUGUGCUCACCCAAGACCGAGACUGGGAGGCGUAUUGGCGGCUACUCUUUAAAAAGAUAUCUUUAGAGGACAUUCAAGCUUUUGAAAAGACAUACAAAGGUUCGGAAGAAGAGCUGGCCGAUAUUAAACAGGCCUAUCUGGACUUCAAGGGUGACAUGGAUCAGAUCAUGGAGUCUGUGCUUUGCGUGCAGUACACAGAGGAACCUAGGAUAAGGAGUAUCAUUCAGCAGGCUAUUGACACUGGAGAGAUCCCAUCCUAUAAUGCCUUUGUCAAAGAAUCGAAACAAAAGAUGAAUGCAAGGAAAAGAAGGGCUCAGGAAGAGGCGAAAGAAGCAGAAAUGAGCAGAAAGGAGUUGGGGCUUGAUGAAGGCGUGGAUAGCCUGAAGGCAGCCAUUCAGAGCAGACAAAAGGAUCGGCAAAAGGAAAUGGACAAUUUUCUGGCUCAGAUGGAAGCAAAGUACUGCAAAUCUUCCAAAGGAGGAGGGAAAAAAUCUCUCAAGAAAGAAAAGAAAUAAUGGAAUUUUUCUCUUCAAAGGUCCUUAGGUGUAAAUUGAUGCCAUGGUAGGCAAGGUGCAGGCAAGAUUUGAAGGCAAAAGUCAACUCUUGAGAAAAGGUGUCUUUCCAGCCUGAAUUUUUCAGAUUGACUAGACCAAGCAUCUUAGUAUUUCCUAGAAAGCACUUGACAUUGUGUGAGGUCUUACCAGAAGGAACUUGGUGGUGACGGUUGGGAGGGCGGAGGGAGGUAGUGUCCUUCCUGACAGCACUUGCCUCCAUAGAUCUUCGGUACACAGAACUCUUAUCUAAGAUGUGGUUCUGUUCAUGCUGUUUUCUGCAGUGUGCGUGUCUGUUAGAUUAGGCUCUCUACCCAGCUAGAACAUCUUCCAAAUACUUGCUGGACAGCUGUCUUCCACAUACUUCCCAGUUUACAUUUGGUCUUAAUGAUCUUGAAUAGACCCUCUCUUCAUUUUACUCAGCCAGGUUUUGUACUGAUGUACGGGUGUUAAAUUACUUCAAGCAUUUUUGUAAGAGUUGUAUAUGAUUAAAUAAAAAAAGUAAAACAUGA